AUGAAGUACUCCUACCUCCUUUUUGCCGCCAUCGCCAACCUGGCCGUCGCCCAGCAAAAGCUCACCGACGUUAUCCCUAAAUGCUCCGUCGACUGUCUUACCAAGGCCGUCAAGGACGGUACCAACUGUAGCAGCAUAGACGACUCGACCUGCAUCUGCGAGGCCACCAAUUACCGCAACAUCUACACCGUCGGUGUCCCUUGCGUUCUCCAGUCGUGCAGCAGUGACGUCGCCACUGGCCAGCUCCUCCCGGCCGCUGCCAAGUUCUGCCACGAUGUCACCGGCGGCGCCUCCGCGCCUCCCGUCGAGUCUGCCUCCGCAUCCGCCACAGCGUCUCUCUCUGUGGCAUCUGCCUCUGUUUCUGUCUCAGUGACCGUUGCACCAACCGCGAGUGCUUCUGGCUCUGCUGCCAGUGGUGCUGCCGCCACCGCCACCACCGCCCAACCUGCCGCCGCUGCCGCCGUUGGCUCCAUGGGCGCGUUCGGUAUGCUCGCUCUUGGUGCUCUCGCUGUAUUCUGA